CCUGUAAGCGACGAAGGGGGCGAUUUUUCAAAGAUGACAACUACAACCGUAAAUAGAACGAAUCAGACUACUGUACAAGUAAAACGUCGAAAUGACAAGAUUGAUGGAAACCAGCCACACAAACGCCGCCGAUCUCUGGAACCGGAAAUGACAUCAUUACCGCGUCUUUACGUGCCAGAUGAUAAAGUGACGUCACCGUCAGUAAAAAACAUCAUUGAGGCGGUUGAACGUCUGUCGACGGAGCCCCGACUUGUUGCUGACGGGUCUCGGGAUUCCACGCUGCCGACGGUCGUAGGGAAACACAAGGACUUGACUGCGAUAUCAGCAGCCACGUUGUCCGAUGUUCUCAAUGGGGUCUUUAGCAGCCACAUUGAUCACGUGACCAUCAUAGACUGCAGAUACCCGUAUGAGUAUGAGGGAGGACAUAUUGAGGGUGCCGUGAACCUGUACACGAGGCAGGCCAUCAGAGAGUUCCUAAGCAACACAGCGACGUCACCAAACAAGAACCACGUGAUCAUCUUCCACUGCGAGUUCUCGUCAGAACGAGGCCCUAAAAUGUAUCGCCACCUUAGAUCACUGGAUCGAGAAGUGAACGCAGAUUCUUACCCUAAACUAAACUUCCCAGAAAUGUACUUACUCGAGGGUGGAUACAAGGAAUUCUUCCAGACACAAAAAAAACAUUGCUCCCCACAAGGUUACACGCCCAUGUUGCACAAGAACCACUCGGAGGAUCUACGUCACUUCCGGGUUAAGUCCAAAUCCUGGGCGGCGGGAGACCAGCCACGUCACAGGUCACGUGUGUCUGCAAGUGGGACGAAACUCUGCUUCUAACGACGAAAUCGUGCAAUAUCUUUGAACUUAUGUUUUGCUGUAUUGUUUUUCGUUGAUUGUAUCUUAGAUAUUUAAUGAAAUCUUAUAUUGUGUUUGUUAGUUUUGAGAAAUUUUAUACGUGUUACAUCGAUUUUGUAUUAUUUAUUGUUUGUAA